UGCUGCAAGGACCACUCAGUUCUACAAGGACCUUGGUUUAUGUUGCCAUCUCUGUCAUUGCCUAGCUACUAGCCUGCUGAAAGGUUUCUCUCUGUGACUGUGAAGAGGAGGGGGAGAGAGGGAAGUAGCUGAAGAGGAGGAGGAAGAUGUGAGAGAGACUGAAGGGACUGGAGAUCCAGCACUCACAUCCUAGCUUGUCUUACCCCUCAAGUAUCUCUGUCGGCUGUCAACAUGGACAUCAUUGCGAACGGUUCCUUGUUGCUCCCUGACAGCUUCAACAUCAACAGCUUUGAGCUAGGUGCCAAUAGCUCACUGUCAACCAUGAGAUGUCCAGUUGGCUCCUUGGGUAACACAACCAGGCUAGAUGGCAACCAGUCCUACCUGUGCAAGGGGCGAGAGCUUCCUGAGGAGGACACCAACUCCAUCAUUAUAGCCAUCAUCAUAACAGCUCUCUACUCCAUGAUCUGCGUGGUGGGGCUCUUUGGAAACGUUCUGGUCAUGUAUGUUAUUGUCAGGUACACCAAAAUGAAGACAGCAACCAAUAUCUACAUAUUUAAUCUUGCCCUAGCAGAUGCCCUUGCAACAAGUACCUUGCCAUUUCAAAGUGUGAACUACCUAAUGGGAACAUGGCCCUUUGGUAAUAUUGUAUGUAAAAUUGUUAUCUCAAUAGACUACUAUAAUAUGUUCACAAGCAUUUUCACUCUCACUACAAUGAGUGUUGACCGGUAUAUAGCUGUUUGCCAUCCAGUGAAAGCUCUUGACUUCAGGACACCACGGAAUGCUAAAAUUGUUAAUGUCUGCAACUGGAUCCUUUCUUCAGCAAUUGGAUUACCUGUAAUGUUUUUGGCAACCACAAAAACUGACAGAGGAUCAACUGAUUGUGCUCUUAUAUUUCCACAUCCUUCAUGGUACUGGGACAACCUCCUGAAAAUAUGUGUCUUCAUUUUUGCAUUUAUAAUGCCGGUCCUUAUCAUAACAGUUUGCUACGGGAUGAUGAUCCUACGUCUUAAGAGUGUCCGAAUGCUUUCUGGAUCCAAAGAAAAGGACAGAAAUCUCAGAAGAAUAACCAGGAUGGUGCUUGUUGUUGUUGCUGUGUUCAUUGUCUGUUGGACUCCAAUUCACAUAUAUGUGAUUAUUAAAGCCUUGAUCAACGUCCCUCCUUCUCUUUUUCAGACAGUAACCUGGCAUGUAUGUAUUGCCCUAGGUUACACAAACAGCUGCCUUAAUCCAGUCCUUUAUGCUUUUUUAGAUGAAAACUUUAAGAGGUGCUUCAGAGAAUUUUGCAUCCCAACAUCUUCAACCAUUGAGCAGCAGAACUCCACCCGCAUGCGUCACAACACACGUGACCACGUGUCCACUGCCAACACAGUAGAUAGGACUAACCAUCAGGUAUGACUAGCAGUGGAAAUGUCAUGUCUGGAUUCAGGAGACCCCGCAAGAGAUGACAUGACGUCAGAAGUUACUCAGAUAACUACAGGGCUUUAAUUCACGGAUAGAUUCGGACUUAAGUAGAAAGCUUUGUUUGGCACAAUUAUGUCCAAGCACUUUCAAUAGGAGAUAAAGAUUGUCAUUGACUAAGGUUAAUAUUUUCUGUGAAUGUGGCAUCGCAUAUAUUUGUUAUACAUGUAAAAAUGUAAAAUAGCAGGGACUUUAAUAUGGAAAGAAAUCUUACAAUGUAUAGAAGAAUGACAUAACUUGGGAGAGAUUUCAAAUGGGUUUAUAAAACUGCACAUUCGUUGAUCAGUUGUUUCUAACCUUGGCAAUGACUCUGUGUGGGUUUCUAUAGCCACGUAAAGACAACGAUAAGCAUAAUUGAUGUACUGUAAAUAACCUUUCUACAUACAAUUGUCUGUGCCAACUUCAAAACUGUUUCCCAGGGUUAUUCUUGACUCUUGCUUGGUCAUGCACAUCAAUAAAAUGCUCAGUGAUAUUCAUCUAAUGAAGAUGCCAGCAAUAGGUAUAGCCAAGCUGGUAAACAAGCCAAUCUACCAAGCACAGAGUAUUAUAAUUAUUUAGAACAUAUAAUAUAUGAGAUAAAACAGACAAUUAGAAAACAACCUAAAAGCCAUAAAUCAAAACAAAGUUUGUAAUGUCAACAUUUUCUCAAGUGCAGAUAAGUUAAUAUAGUGGAUCUUCUGGACUUUUUUGCCUUGAUAAGGACUUUUUGAAACAUAUAGGACUUGCUGUAAAUCAUAUGAAGUAUGCCUUGAACCUUUAAUAAUACAUGUAAACAAUUACUUAUAUCAGUGGCUGUAUAGUUUAUUAAAAGGACAGGUGCCGUUUGCAUGCCUACACCCAGAAUUUGUGGG